AUGCCAGCCCGUAGCAUGGACUGUGAUGUCUCCACUCUGGUUGCCUGUGGGGUUGAUGUGGAGAUUUUUGCCAACCAAGAGGUUAAGGAAAAAUUUGAAGGCUUGUUCCGUGCCUAUGAUGACUGCGUGACAUUCCAGCUGUUUAAAAGCUUCAGGCGUGUGCGGAUAAAUUUUAGUAGUCCCAAAUCAGCUGCUCGUGCCAGGAUAGAGCUGCAUGAAACGCAGUUCAGAGGCAAGAAGUUAAAGCUGUAUUUUGCACAGAUUCAGACCUCUGAGACAGAUGGAGACAAGCUUCACUUGGCACCACCACAGCCUGCAAAGCAGUUUCUCAUCUCGCCUCCAGCCUCCCCACCUGUAGGGUGGCAACCGAUAGAUGACGCAACACCUGUCAUCAACUACGACCUCCUUUACGCAGUUUCUAAACUAGGACCAGGAGAGAAAUACGAGCUGCACGCAGGAACAGAGUCCACUCCCAGCGUGGUCGUGCAUGUCUGCGACAGCGACAUGGAAGAAGACGAGGACCCAAAGAAUUCUCCAAAGCCAAAAAUCAUUCAAACUCGACGCCCUGGUCUGCCACCUCCCGUAUCUAACUGA